AUGAAGAAGCUUGUCGGAAUGGAUAUCACCGGAUAUGCCUUUGUUACGGGCGGAGGAAGUGGAAUUGGCAGGGCAUGCUGCGUGGCCUUUGCCAAAGAAGGUGCUCGCGGCUUGGUUGUGGCAGACAUCAACCUCGGAAAUGCACAAGAGACGGCUGCUCUGGCAAAGUCUGCCGCCGCGCAUCCUGACUUCCGCGCUGAAGCUAUCCAAGUGGAUGUGAGCGUCGAAGAGUCUGUCAAGAGCGCUGUUGCCCAUGCCGUUCAAUACCUGGGGCGCAUUGACUACGCAGUUCACUCUGCAGGUAUUCCCGGAGGAACAUUUGACCCUAUUGCUGAAGCUAGUUUCGUCGACUUCAAGCAUCUGAUGGAUGUCAACGUCCACGGGACCUUCCUCGUCACCAGCCAUGUUUCCGCAGCCAUGACAACCCAAGAGCUCAAGCAAGCAAGCGCCACUGAUCCCGCUCGUGGUGCUACACGCGGGGCCAUCGUAAACAUGUCUUCGGUCUCCUCAUACAUGGCAGUACCUAAAAUGGUGCAGUACACCACAUGCAAGCAUGCCAUUGUCGGCAUUACCAAGACUGCCGGUGAGUAA